UUGUAUAUAAAUAAAUGUUUUGUUGAAAGGGAGAAGUGCAUUAAAAAAAAAAAAUUCUGUACUUGUUAUACAAAACGCAUUUAUAUAUUAUACUUUCUACUUAUAUACAUAUACAAGUUUAAUGUAUUUUAACAAUAUAAAAUAUAACAGAAUUACUUACUUAUAUACCAGCAUAUAUAAGUAUAUUUAUUGUGAAAAAUGAAAAUUUAAAUGUUUACAUAGUGAGUAUAAGUAAGUAUAUAAUAUAGAAAAAAAAUUUUUUUUUUAUACUUACUUAAUAUAAAACAAGAAAAAAAAAACGAAAUAAUUUAUACUUUUAAUAACACUACUCUUAUGUAUUUAAAAAAAUUUAUGUUGAAAAAUAACAAUUUUGUUAUUUUUUUUAAGUAAAUAACUACAAUAUAUAUAACAGUAAUAAUUACAUAAUAUAACAAUAAUAUUUGUGUGUAUAAUUAAAAAAUGAAAACAAUAAAAUAAAAUUAAAAAUAUAAAAUAUUCAUAUAAAAUUUAAGUAUAAUCAUUUUUAUCUAAAAACAAAAAAAAAAAUCAUAAUUUACAUACUAAUAUAACAAUUUAUUACUAAUAUCUUUCAAAAUAUUAAGUGUAUAACAAUAUAAUAAGUAAUAAAUAUUUGUAAAAAUUAAAAUAAAUUUAAAAUAAUUAUUACAAGAAGAAUAUUUUAUAUACAAAAAAAUUAUUGUUCGUGUAAUUAAUUCUGAUAAAAUAUUAAAUAAAUAAAAUUGUAUUAUAAAACCAGAGAGAGAGAGAAACAGAGAGAGACGGAGAGGAUUACAAAAAAAAUAUAUAAUAAAGCACAUCUCAACAACCCGAAAAAAAAUGACAAUUAAAAUUUUAAAUAAAAUUUUAUAAAAAAUAAUUCGGUAUAAAAUUCGGUUUGUUUUUUUCUUUCAUAUAAAAGCAAUUAUAAAAAUUCGGUGUUUUAUUUUUAAUCUUAUUAAAAUCGUAAAAUAAUAAUAAUUAUAUUUAUUGAAGUGUAAGUAAAUAUGUAGAAUAAAUAAAAAUAAUUAUAAAUAUUGUGUACGUAGAAUUAUUAUAAUAAAAAUUAUCGAAAUUGUAAUUAAAAUUACAAAAAAAAAAUUAUUUUAAAAAAAUCGCAAAAAAACAUGAAAAAAAUUUCUACUUAUAUUAAAUUACAACAUUUAAAUUAUAAAAUUUAAUAAAAAUUAAUUUAAUAAAAAAUAUUAUCAAAAUGGAAACUUAUUUUCAAAAUGUUAUUAUAAAAAUAAAAUGGCGGAUAAUUUUUCAUUAUUAAAAGAACAAAAUAAUAAUUCUAAUAAUAAAAAAUUAGAAAAUAUUAAUGAAGAAAAUGAAUUAUUAGUAAAAUCAUCAAAAAAACAAAAUAAUUGUAAUAAAAAUGAAUAUUCUAAUAAAAAUUCAACAAUAAUUAAAACCUCAACAAUAACAGCAACAGCAACAACAGCAGUAACAACAACAGCAAUAUUAACACAUAAUAGCAAUAGUAAUUAUAAACAAUUAAGCAUAAAUGUUUCAGAAACAAUAAAUGUUUCAACUAUUACUAAUAAUAUUAAAUUAUUAGAUAAUAGUAAUUAUACAAUAGCACCCUCUUUAAUUAAUUUAAAUACAAAUAGUUUAAGUAUCAUAAACAGUAAUAAUAAUAAUAAAAAUAUUAUAAUGACGAAAAAUGCUAAUAAUAUACAAAAUAAUAAAAAAAUAAUUAAUAAUCGGCGAAAAUCUUAUGAUAACAUCAGUAAUAAUAAUAAUAAUAAUAAUAAUGAUAUUAAACAAUUAUUUAAAAUUAAUAAUAAUAGUAAAGAGAUAAAUAAAAAUAAUUGUUCAACUAAAAAUAAUAUUGUGAAUAUAUGUAAUACAAUAAUAAAUAAUACAAAAAAUGUUGAUACAAUGAAAAAUUUAAUAACAACAACACAAACAACAACAUCAGUAGCGACAACAGCAACAGCGCCGGCAAUAGCGAAUGAUUUUUUAAAAAAUAAAGAAGAUGAAUUAAAAAAUAAAAAAUCAAAAUUAUUAUUUGAUUCAAAUAUAUUACAAAAUAAUAAUAAUAAUAAAAAUAGUAAUAAUAGUAAAGUUGUUAAUAGUGCUAAUAGUACCACAAUUGGUCUCAACUCUAGUGAUAAUAAUAACAAUGAUAAUUUAUCUUUAAUUAAAACUAAUAAUAAUAAUAAUAAUAAUAAUAAAGAUAAUAGCAAUGAUAAUAACAAUAAUAAUAAUAAUAAUUAUCAAUUAAAUCCAUAUAUUUUAAUUAAAAAUAAUAUAAAUAUAAAAGAAAAAAUGGAUAAUGAUAAUAUUAAAGCUACUAAUAAUAAUAAUAUUAGUAAAUUAUUAUCAAUAUCACCAUCAGCAAUAUUACAACAACAACAACAAUUUUUAAAACCACAAGACUAUUCAUCAAUAUCAGCAUCAACAUCGUCGUCGUUAAUAUCAUCAUUAUCUUCAAUACCAGUAAGAGCAUUAUCAUUACCAAUAUCGUCAUCAUCAUCCACAUCAUCGUCAUUAUUAUCGCCAUUAUUAUCAGAUGGUUUAAUUGUUACAUCAACAACAAUAACAACAGUUACAUCAACAUCAACUACAUCAGUAACAUCAUCAAUAUCAACAAAAACUGAAAUGAUAACAACAACACCAACACCAAUCCCAUCAAUAAAAUCAAUUAAAAAUUCAAUAAUAAAAUUAACAUCUUUAAAAGAUUUAAAUAAUAUUUCAUCAACAACUACAACUACCACAACUACAAUAACAACAACAGCAACAAAAACUGUACCACAAAUAACAGAAGGAAAUAUAUCAAAUGAAAAAAUAAUUAAUAAUCAACAAAAAUUGAAUGAAAACGAAGAAAAAGAUAAUGAAAAAAAUAAAAUAAAUGGAAAUGAUGAUGAAAAACAAGAAUUAAAUCAACAAAAUAAUAUUAAAAAUAAUAAUAAUUCAAAAACAAAUUUAAUUUUGGAUAAUAAUAAUAUUAUUAAAAAACCACAAAUGAAACCGGAUAAAAUUGAACAAAAAUAUCAACAACAGCAAAAGCAACAACAAAAUCAGGAUACUGCAGAAGACAGUAGAAAUAAAAAGAAAAGAUGUGCAGAUCGUUAUGAUUCUUCUGAAUCAUCUGACAGUGUUUGUUGCAGUUAUUGGUACUGCUGAAUGCUGAUACUGUUGUUUGUUAUUUGCUGUUAUUUUUCUAUUUUUUUUUUUUUAUUAUUUUCAACUUUUCUUUGUAAUUUUUUAUUUUGUAACCAUUUUAAAAUGUUUUGCUUAUUUUUUUUUUUCUAAAUUCGAAUAUUAAAAACAAAACUGUAUACAACUUAUGAGUAUAUAGUGAGUAUAUGGAUAAGGUCCAACCAAAUCAGUUAUAUUAAAAGUAAAAAGAUUUAAAGAGAAUAAUAACCAACAUAGCAGCACUGGUAGCAUUAAAAAAGCAUAGAAAUAAAAAAAAAAUCGAAGAGUUAACUUUCAAAAAAGUGGGAUAGAAGAACAAAAAUUAAGACUAAAAAAAAAAAAAAGAAAAAAAAACUGAAUAGAACCAGAAACCUUCAUCAUCAGAACUUUAACUUUAUGUUUUUGUUUUUUUAUUUAAUAAAAGAAAAAAGUCAAACAUUAAGUAAAAAACCAUAAAAAUAAUAACAAAAAUAAGGAAAGAAUAGGAACAAAAUAAAAAAAAAACAAAACAAAAACAAGAAAUCCUCAUUUGAUCGUCUGUCUGCCGUGCCGCGUUCUUAUAUUCAUUGGGCUCAUAUAAUCAUGUGUAGUGUAUAGUUUACCUUUAAUAUAUAUACAUACAUGUAUUUAUAUUUUUUCCAUAGCACGAAAGGCAUAAACACAUAAUAUUAGAUCGAAAAGUAUUAUUUGUAAAAUAUAAGUGUCACAGAAGAGUGCCGAAAUUAAAUACAAACAUUACUGAGUUUUUAGAAUAUUAAAGCUGAUUAAGUCAGAUGAAAUGAUUAAUUCUAAAACAGUACUAGGAUACAUUCAUAAUAUUUUUGGCAACUACCUUUAAUUUCAAAUUCAAGAAUUGACAUUCCAUAAAUGUCAAACUAGAAAUGACAGAUAGUGUUUACAUGAGUAAAUUAAGGGGAUAUGCAAAUUCUAAUCUCAAAUUUACUUAAUAUGCAAUUCUAGUGAUGUUUCAAAUCAAUUCUUAUUUUCUUUUCCAUAUGUCAAAUGCGUUGACAACUCAUGUCAACUUUUUGUUUAUUUUAUUUCUCGGUCUAUUCU